AGAAGGCUAGCAUAUUCUUUUCAGGCUCGUAAUGUCUGGUCCCGAAUUUUAGUCACUCCCGGAGCGAGCUGCGGUCAGAGAGCGCCUCAAAUACGCGAACGCGAGCAAAUUUUCUAUCUGCUCCUCGUGAAUCCGCACGCGUUGAACGAAACACAAAUACGGCUCAGGAUGCCCUUGCUAGGAACAUGCAUCCCAAUAUUAAGCGGGGCGGCUGCAUGAUGUCAUACGAUCCCACGAAAGCACCGUGACUUCAUAUUCGUCCCUUGAUCAGUCCCUGAUCAACGCAUGGACAACAAUGGAACGCUUCACAGCUCUUGUAAUUUCCUUACUUUUCAGUACAACCGGUGCAAAACUGCAACGUAAUAAUUUUUCACCGAGCACUCGCAACAUACAUGCAUCUUCGAUCUACCAGACGACGGGUAAUGUAACUCCAGUUGCCGGACCUAGUCUAAGCCCCUGUUUCUCUUCGACCUCCGGUUUUCUCCUCGCUGGACCUAACGCGUCGGUUACUUAUGACUUCGGACAGCUCGUGGCAGGCCGCCCUACCAUCAAUAUCAAAUCCUCGUCAUGUCAGGGCACGCAGUGCUCAGAUUAUGGUCUUCCGUCAUUCAACUGCACAGGGGAUUGCCACGGCCUGAGGCUGGGCUACACAGAGUCCCCAUUAUUCAUUGACGACUGGGGAGGUAUGGACUGGACUACUUGGUACACAUUCCCUGAUGGCCCAUUAUACCUCCCUUUGGAUCAGCUGGGAAAAUAUACCAUCCCGGGCAAGUGGGCUAGAGGCAGUUUUCGAUAUCUCACCCUUUCGUUAGGGCCAGAGUCUUCAAAAGAUACAUCUGUCUCAUUCGAACUCUACAGUCUCCACUUCACAGCCGCGCCAAACAUCAAAGACGAAGACCUCGGCUCCUACACAGGCUACUUCACGAGCUCCGAUGAGCUCCUCAACCAGAUCUGGAAUGCCGGCGUAUACACCAUCCAACUCAACACCAUGUCUGCCAACACCUCGCUCAACAUAUCCUACUUCCUCCUCGGCAAUGGCUGGGCAAAUGAUGCGACAUCGACCAGUCUAUCCUCCAGCGACGUCUUCAUAGCCGACGGCGCAAAGCGCAAUCGUAAUCCUUGGUCCGCCGACUUCAGCAUCUUCUUCCGCUCCGCCCUCGUCUCGCAGAACUUCGAGAACAUGCGCGCGUCGCGAAACGGUAUCCAGGCGAACUUUAUCCUUCAGGAUCGUAAUCGCUCUAGUGAAACUUACGGGUAUUUCCCGUAUGCUGGGUCGCCACUUGGAGACGCAUUUCGAGAUAUUGGAGCGCUUGGGUUUCCCCUAUAUAGCUCGGACACGUAUCAGUGCUGGGCUAUGCUGUCGUUGAUGGAAUACUUCAUAUCGACGGGAGAUUAUGAAUGGGCAGAGACGUACUGGCCUCAACUCGUCCUAGGUAUCAAUGCCACAUUCCCCUUUCUUGACCCGGAUACGGGCCUCUUCAACGGGACACGGACGGUAGACUGGGGCCGGGAUGGGCAAGGAGGCCAGAACAUUGCUUUAAACGCCCUAUAUUAUCAUACCCUCACGACGGCCGCCAGGCUUGCUCCACGCUUUUCCGAUGUUGGUAACGGAGCGGAUCCCGCACUCUGGCUCAGCAUCGCCAAUCGCAUCAAACAAUCCGCCAAUUCCCUCCUCUGGGACGAAGAAGCCGGUUUAUUCAGAGACAACAUCACUUCUGCAGGCGCUCUCGUCUACCCCCAAGAUGGCAACGCCCUCGCAAUCCGCUACAACCUCACUCUCUCGCCCGCCCAAUCUCUCCGCAUCGCCGAGGCUCUAUCCCGCCGCUGGACUUCCUACGGCGCUCCCUCCGCCGAACUACGUGGCUACAUAUCUCCCUUUGCCACCUCCCACGAGCUCCUAGCUCAAUUUGCCGCCCGUCCAGGCGACGCAGAUCCGGCUCUGCACCUCCUGCGCACGCAGUGGGGCUACAUGCUGCGCGCUUUCAGUAACGAGACCUGCGUAGAGGGUUACGCGGAUGAUGGAAGCCUCGGCUACGGAUUCUACGGCGAUGCGCCGGCCUUCAUCUCGCUAGCUCAUGCAUUUAGUACGGGGCCGACGUAUGCGUUACAUGCGUACGUGGCUGGCCUAAGGGUUAUCAAGGGUUUGGACUUUGAAGAGGAUGAAAGGGAUUGGGCCUGGAUGCCAGCAGUCAACGACGCUGGGGUGGACUGGGUAAGGGGCGGGUUUGUGGCACCCGGUGGCAGGACGUUUGAUGUAGAGUGGAGGGUUGAUAGGGAAGCGGAUGUGUUCUGGGGAUGUGUGAUAGCACCGGCUGGGGAGGUAGGCGUCGUGUAUGUGCCUAUGGUGCAACGAGGUGACGGAGGCCUGCAGAAACUACUUGUUAAUGGGACGGUUAUGCCGGAUACGGCCGUGGACGAGAGCGGUAUGUAUUACCGAAUUGAGCGAGUGCCGGGUGGGAGAACGGAGGUCGAGACAGUGAUCUCUCCUUAUUAGUGGGUGAGAAAUACUAUCAUUGCGUUGCUCGCUCACAUAAUUCGCUUCCCCAGGCCUCACAGUCUUAACG